AUGGCAGACAACGAUGGAGUGCGAAGCUGGUUGGCGAAUGUGACUGAUAGAGUUGGCGAGCGGCAUGGAUUGGAGUCUGCAGCAAUGCUAGAAGCUAGUCAAAGGUUUGCGACAGCGACCAACAUUGUUGGAGAUGGCGUCAACCGGAGUUGGGUCACGGCGUUUGCAGAAGUUGGCGGCCAUGGCUGUUGGAGCGAACAGCUAUCCUCCACAACUUCUUUCUUCCUUUACUUUCCUUUACAUUCGAAUUUAUGUUCAAUUUCUGGAUCUGAUUUGCUCAUUCUUGAGGUUGGCGCAGCUCCAACAGAUGUUGCGGAGCAAAAUGUAGAAAAUGUGGAAGGAAGAAGAAAUGUGGAUCCUUUAUGUGGGUACGCAUCUAAUCCUUACCACAAGUGCACAGAUUUCUGCGCUCGAAAGAACUCAAAUCAGAAAAUCUCACCAAAAAGAGCUAAAUCAGAAGGAAGAAAGGAAGGAUUAAUGACUGUGAAUACUAAUAAUGUUAAUCCAACCUGCUCAUAUGCUUCUAAUCCCUACCAUCAAUGCACAAAAUACUGUUCUCAGAGGACCAAAAAAAAGACUGAGGUCAAGCAAGGCAAGCUAGGAAUUGCUGCAUUUGUGAGCACAGAAAGAGGCAGCAGAGGUUUAGGGGUGAGAGGGAGGAAGAAUGUGGACCCUAAAUGCAAAUAUGCAUCAAAUCCAUACCACAAAUGUUCUUCCCACUGCUCCCUGAAGAUCAACCAAAUGACAUAAACACACAUUAAUACAAUUCAGGUUGGCUUUUUUGCAUGUAUUUGUUUCUCUACUUUUUAUGCUUUUGUGCUUCAUGUUUCUAUCUUGAACAUAGGAGUUUAUUCUUUUAUUUGGGCUAUUAU